CAGACAAAGAGAAAAUAAAUAAACAAAUAAAAACACGUACGUAGCAUCAUGGGUAAAAAUAUUCUUGUUUUUUCUACCGUUCUUGUUUUUCUCUUCUUUACAUCAUAUGCAACUCCUGGAAUUGGAACUUUCUACACGACUUACACUCCAUCGGCAUGUUACGGAGGUAAGCAAGAAGGAGUGUUCAUAGCUGCAGCGAGUGAUCAAUUAUGGAACAAUGGUCAAGUUUGUGGCAAAAUGUUCAGAGUGAAAUGCACCGGAGCUCGUAACGCCGUGCCUCACCCUUGCACCGGAAAAUCCGUAAUUGUCAGAAUCGUCGACCAUUGUCCCAGUGGCUGUGCUUCUACGAUCGAUCUUUCCCGAGAAGCUUUUGCUCAGAUCGCUAAUCCUGUCGCUGGGAUUAUUAACAUUGAUUAUACUCCGGUCUAAACGUCGAUGAAGUUCUCAAGGAAAAUAAAGCUCAAGUCUAGAAAGUCCUAAUAGAAAAUGUCUAGCUAGCAUCACGAUUCACGAGUUUGUAAUAGCGUUUCAAUAUAUGAUUAAAAA